UGGGGAGGGCGCCUUUCCGGGGGGCCGCACUGUACGCGCCCGGGUCUCUGCGGAAGCUGCGGCCGCAGCUUUCUAGGAGGUUCAGCCCUGCCAUAGUCACCCGCCUCACCUCACAACGGGGACCGCCACCGUCCCGCUCAGUCCGCGGAAGUAAGGGGGCGUAUGCAAACAACCUGGAGGUCCAAGCUUCUGAUUGGUCGGUCGGAGGCCUCCGCCAGCGGGCUCCGCGGCGCCGUGGGCAUGCGGGUGCGGCCCGCGCGCGCGUGAACGAAGAUGGGGACGCAGGGCAGCCCAGUCAAGAGCUAUGACUACCUGCUCAAGUUCCUGCUGGUGGGCGACAGCGACGUGGGCAAGGGCGAGAUCCUGGAGAGCCUGCAGGACGGCGCAGCCGAGUCUCCGUACGCCUACAGCAACGGAAUUGACUACAAGACAACCACCAUCCUGCUGGACGGCCGGCGGGUCAAGCUGGAGCUCUGGGACACGUCGGGCCAGGGCAGGUUCUGCACCAUCUUCAGGUCCUACUCCAGGGGCGCGCAGGGGAUCCUGCUGGUGUAUGACAUCACCAACCGCUGGUCCUUCGACGGCAUUGACCGGUGGAUCAAGGAGAUCGAUGAGGUAGGUAUGCUCCAGCAGACAACCCCUCCCGGCGCGUGCGCUCCCGUGCCCCAGGGGAGCCUCUGCGACCCCUUUAGCUGCCCCGACUGCGCAGUCUGGUGCAGAGGGCCUGCCCGCUUGGGGAGGAUACCGUGCAGAGAGGGGGCAACCCCCCUUCUUGCCUCUGCUGAGUCCUGUGCUCCCCAAGCACGCUCCCGGGGUCCCUCGGAUCCUGGUCGGGAACCGCCUGCACCUGGCCUUCAAGCGCCAAGUCCCGACAGAGCAGGCCCGCGCCUACGCGGAGAAAAACUGCAUGACCUUCUUCGAAGUGAGCCCCCUGUGCAACUUCAACGUCAUCGAGUCCUUCACGGAGCUGUCCCGCAUCGUGCUCAUGCGGCACGGCAUGGAGAAGAUCUGGAGGCCAAACCGGGUGUUCAGCCUGCAGGACCUCUGCUGCCGGGCCAUCGUUUCCUGCACCCCCGUGCACCUCAUCGACAAGCUCCCGCUGCCUGUCACCAUCAAGAGCCACCUCAAGUCCUUCUCGAUGGCCAAUGGCAUGAACGCAGUCAUGAUGCACGGGAGAUCCUACUCUCUGGCUAGUGGCGUGGGGGGCAGUGGGAGCAAGGGCAACAGCCUCAAGAGGUCCAAGUCCAUCCGACCCCCGCAGAGCCCGCCCCAGAACUGCUCUCGGAGCAACUGUAAGAUCUCCUAGCCGGGCAGGCUGCGCCUCAUCCAGACGCACUCUGGGAGGGCUCACACUUGGGGAGCACUCCUGGCUGGGCGCCAGGCUCAGCGCUGUGUGCAGGGAAACUUUGGCCACACGGUCCCUCCUGGGAAGUUUGGGGAUCCACCUCGUGGGCUGGUGGGCUCAGCUAGACCAGCUGCACAGUCCAGUGCGGGGCCGCGCUGCUGGGCUGGUGUCGGGCCAUGCCCAGGACCCGGAAGUGUGGCUGAGAAGAGCCCAGGAGGCAGCUCUGCCUGGCCCCCUGCCUUGAAAGGGCUGUCCCCGGGACUGGGGGGCCAGUUCCCUUUCUUAUUUAUGUAAAAGAUGGUUCGCCCCUUUUGUACAUUUUCCAAGGACCUGCAGGGAAGCCUCCUUGCAACCACUUGGUGAGCCCGUGACAGCUGUGAGGAUGCGCUGGGGACACUGGGAGAGGGUGGGUCUUUGAAUCAAAGAUGGGAAGAAACCCACCAUCAAGACUUGAAUCUGAGUUCACAGGACACUUGUCACGGGGAUGUGGGCUGUGUGGGGGCCAGCGGGGACACCCGGAAGACUUGGGCGGCAGCAGCAGCAGUGUCGGACGCUGUGGCCAUGUGCGGCGGCCUUUCUGAGUGUGGUGGUCAGUGUGCCCGCUGUGGAACACUGGGCAGUGGUGAGGGUUCGGGCCCCAGCACUCUGCGUGGCUGGGCUGCGGCUUCCACGGCUCCCGUCAGCCUUCCUGGAUGACAUCCUGUGUGUCGCAGAGCUAUGGGUUUAGAGCCGUGAGCAAUUUGCAGGUUCCCAAGUGGAAUUUCCGUGUUUCUUGGAAAAGGGGUAGUGGGGCGUACACCCCCCAACCCCCCCCAGCUCCCUCCCACCCCAUGUAGGGGCAGAUAGCCUCCCGCGGUUCUGUUUACAAAUGUUGUCUCACGAAGCCGGCUCGGAGUCUGUCUGGGUGGAAGACGUGAGCUGUUCGUAGGCAGGCAGUAGCUGCUGGGCCGCCAGGCCCUGGGCGCGUUUGGACGGAGCCUGUGCCACUUGCCUCCUGGGCCUUCUAGACCUUGCUCUGACCCGCUGGUCUCCUGACCUUGGUUGAGGUCCCAUCGCUGCUCCACCCCUGGUGUCACCCCUCUGCUGUCAGGUCACCCGUCACUCAUUUCUCAGUGGUGGAGGCCGGGCCCCUCCUCAAGGACCCACCCGCCAGCCUGAGCUGGAGGCCUAGCCUCCUUCCGUCCGUCCGGCUGGUGAUGUGACCGUACCCCGGUGCUCAACUCUACCUCCUGCCUGCGGGCCCCUCCCUGGCCUGUGACCCCUGUUCUUGGGGCCUAUUCUGUGGUGGGUGCCCCAGGGGCUGCUCUCCUGGGAGGGGAGGCAGGGAGGGGCUGCCACAUGUGUGAGCGGGAGCCUCGUGAAGGCCUGGCCGCCAGGAGGGGCGGGCGCCGGAGCCCCUUCUUUGGACUUUGUUUUGGAGAAAGAUGGUCCUGUGUUCACCACGUCAACACUACCCUUUGCUGCUGUCCUCACUUGCUCCAUUCCUGGGCUCGUUUGGGAUGGUUUUACUUUCUUUGUACAGUAAAUGUAAUUCAACUCUG